UAUGUUCUGUUGCGUGGUUCAGCUGAUUCAGAGGGAGAAAUUAGUUGGUUGAAAGGUGGUGAAGACGUUGAUGAAGAUCGCCAUGUAGUCGAGAAAAUUGAUGAAUCCUCGAGUAAACUGAUGUUGAAGAACUUUGAAUUAGAUGACACUGGAAUCUAUACCUGCGUGUUUGAAAAUGAUCACGGCACAAAGAAGAUGAACUACCAGAUCUAUGUCUACCAAACACCGGACUUUGGCAACACACCGGCGUACCAUGAAUUUCUGGUGAACCAGACAGCGACCAUUCCCUGCGUGGUGUCUGGGAAGCCUGCGGUGGAGAUCCACUGGUUUCGGAAUGAUCGCAUCGUGAAUGAUGACGGACGAGGUCAUCUCAGAAUCCUGCCAGAUAAGUCUCUGCAGAUUCUGAGAAUUCAGCAGGAAGACAGUGGAACCUACACUUGUGAAGGCAGGAUCAAGGGACGCCCCAUAAUAAGGGAGCUCCAGAUCUAUGUUGUUGUUAAUGAGCCACCGACCGUCCUGAUUCUCCAGGAAAGAAAAAGUGUUUUUGCCGGACCCAACAGCACUGUGUCUAUAGCCUGCCGGGUCAAAGGAGUACCCCGUCCAAAUAUUUCAUGGAUACUCCCUUCCACCUCUGACGAGUCCCGUCACAAAUACAACUCUGAUAAGAGUGAGCUCACCAUCUCUGCAGUGACCAGGAGUGAUUUUGGAGAUUAUGUCUGCACGGCUACCAAUAAGAUCGGGGAAAACACCGCCACAUUUAUUCUGGAUGUCUCAGAGCGUCCAACUGUAGUUUUGGAUCAACCUAAGCUGGUGGCUAUUCCAGGAGAAACUGGAUCUGUGAUCUGCAAUGCCACAGGACAUCCAACACCAACCAUACAGUGGGUCAAGAAGACUAACAAAGAAAAAAUGACGAAUGUGGAGGAUUCUGAGCUGAUUCUUGAAAAUGUAAUGCCCUCUGAUGGCGGCUUGUACUCCUGCAUAGCCAGCAAUACGGCAGGAACAACCACUGAGGACUUCCAGCUGAUAACCUGGCCUGGGACACCCGCUAAGUUCAGUGUGGCUCCGGGGCCCUCAUCUUCUGUCCUCAUCCAGAGUGCCUCAGUGCAAGAUGGAGGGUCCUCCAUUACCCAGUACAUCCUUCAGUGGAAGAAACCGUCUGAAGACACCUGGAGUCAAAGCAUUGUCAAGCCCACAAAUCCCCUGGUGAUCACGGGCCUUGAGCCGUACACAGAGUACUUCAUUCGUUUUGCAGCCAAAAAUUCUCAUUUCCAGGGGAACUUCUCCACAGAACACAAGAUCUUCACACAGUCCCAACAUGGAGAACCCGACAGCCCCAUUCUGUCUCUGAGCGAGAAAAAGCUGGACAAGAACUCAAUCUACAUCCCCAUUAAACAGCUAAAAGAUGGAGGCUUUCCCAUCCUACACUACGUUGUACGCUACAAAGGGAACAAGGAGAAUGAGGAAUGGACUGAAAAAGAAAUUCCUGGAAACUCCAGCAAAAUCCAGUUGAACAAUCUCCAGUACGAUGCUAACUAUCAAAUGGAAGUUUAUGCAGUAAACCACAAUGGCUCCUCCAAUACUGCCAAAAUUAACUUCACCGUCCCACAACCUGUCAGUCAGUCGGCGUUAGGGAAAGGAGGUGUGGUGGGAAUUGUAAUGUUCAUCUUCUUGCUGCUGAUGGUGUCAGUAGAUGCUUUCUGUUGCUACACCAACCACUGCGGCAUGCUUAAUUUCCUCGCUCGUAAACUAUUUGGACACAAGGUGUCAGAGUCUAAAGGGAUGGAUGAAGAGGCCAAUAAUUCCUCUGGAGACGUGAAGCUGAGCGGGCUAGCACUAUCACGAGGCAGCAUCCCAAAGCUUCAGUCACCCAGUGGGGCAGUGAAUGGCCUUCAUUCAGAGGUCACGUGUGACAAAGCGCCUCUUACCAAAUUCGAGAAGAAACCAGAAUCUGGUGAUCCAGCAGCAGAGGCCUAGAGGAAGAUAUUUAUACAGGACACAAUUUGAAUUCACUGAGUGAAGGAACUUCACACAAAUCUUGGGACAUCUGAUUAUGAGCUUAAGGGUGAAGUGUGUCAUUUAUUUUAAAUACUAUAUGUAAGAUAUUUGUAUCCCAAAAUGUUUAAACUCUACAGCUCUGUGGUGCUAUGAAACAUGGUUCAACCAAUAGCAUGAGUUUUGGGGCGGGACCAUCUGUUUGUCUGACCAAUGACAGAUGGGGGAGUGUUUGAGAAACCUAUUUGUAAGAUAUAAAACUUCAUAAAUGACAUACUUUUUAUUUAAGUGAUGCCAUCUGGAACAAACAUACAAACAUCAUAAAGGACGACUGUUAUUUGCAGGAAAACGUUCAAGUCCUGUGCGAUUUAGAUUAUACUUAAUAAAUUGUACUACAUGGAAAUGUAGGAGUAUUAUGAGUGUGAUCCAGCACUGUAAAUACUGUACAUGACAAAUGCUGCUUGAGCUG